GCAGGGUGCUCCAUGCCGCUGCUGACUCCCUUGGCUGUGGUGCACCCAGGCAUGUGGGCUGUGACUCAGCUGCUUGGCUGGGUGGUGUCCAGAUACUGCUCGGCAGAGAUAACCCACCCUCUCUCCCGACAUCCUCCCUUUAUUCUGGGCUUUUUGUUUGUUUUUGUCAUCACACGAGAAAAGCUCCUCCAAGAACGCCUGCAGCGGAGGGCAGUGUGUGCGGCACGGCAGUGAUGACAGAGAAGGAGAGGUGUCCCAAAGUGGAGCAGUAUGUUGGUGAAAUUAAAGGCGGACUGAGACCUGCCAUGAGAAUCACUGUCAUAGGGAUGGUACCUUCCAACCCCAAGAGCUUUUCAGUGACUCUGCUCUGUGACCCAGUGGAUGCAAAUAAAGAUGUUGGGAUGAUAUUUACAGUUAACUUUAGCGAGAAGUCCAUCACCCGAAAUGCACGAAUUGAUGGGAAGUGGGGGAUAGAAGAGAAGAAUAUACCCUACUUCCCAUUUGUAGCAGGGGACACAUUUAAGAUGGAGCUCUUAUGUGAACAUCAGCAAAUAAAGGUCUUGCUUGACGGACGGCAGCUCUGUGACUUCACUCACCGCAUUCAGCCCCUGAACCUGGUGAAAGCUUUGCAGAUCACAGGCGACGUCAAGCUUACCAAAGUGGCUUGAAAAAAAGGAGUUCACAAUAUUACCAGGGGACAGAGACAAAUGUAGAGUUCUCAUGAACUGAAAGGUUUCAACAGUUGUGGAUUUCACGUCUUCUCUGGACCAGUCCUAUGAAAUUGUAUCUGUAGCUGAAAAUGCAUCGUCCGUUUUUGCAUAUGAUUAAACCUGUGUCUUUGCUAGCAAGUUUCUUUACUAGCUUUUGUAAAUAUUUGAAUGCAUGCGCAUGUUGUGCUGUUAUUUCACUGCUGUAGAUUUAGAAACUAGUCCCAAAUAUGUGGCUGUUGUAAUACACAUACAAAUAUGUAUGAUAGCUGCUGGCUUUGGCAGCGUAGAGAUUAUUUGGUUAUAACACAGGAAUGGGGGGAAAGUCUAUAGCUGAGAGGGCAAAAUGUGUAAAGAGAUUGUUCUGUGGAUAGAGGACUACCAAAUUCUAUUGUGACUUCAGGGAAGAUCUAUAGAAUUCUGUCUUCAGAGCGUUUCUCUGCAGAAGCUGUCAGAUACAGCUACUCAAAUAAGAGAAAUCUUAUAAAAAUAGCAUAACAGCAGUUUGGUUGGAUGUUUGAUCAUCUUAUGUAUUCAGUUCUACUCUGCCACUAUGGACAAUUCUUUCCAUAGUACUCUAAGUGUAAGGUCUAGGAAACCGUUAUUUUCACAUAUUCCAAGUGAUCUCUGAGAAACAUUGUAUCUAAAGAGCACAAGAGAAUCAAAUGCACUGAACUUUUUUUUUCCUCAAUAUAUAUUUAAUGAUACCAGA